GUCUCUCUUUCUUUAUCCCCAUCAGCUUCUUCAUAUUUCUUUCAUAUUCUACCAUUUCUUUUAUCAUCAACUUAAUAACCCAAUAAAAGAAAAUUCACAUUUGAUAAGUUUAGCUUAGUGGGUAUCUGUCAAAUUUAAUUCUUGUGUUUGGUUUCCCAGAAAAUCAAGCAUUGCAAGGAUGAAUGAGGAAAAUAUCCAAAGCAGCCAUUUGCAUGCAGAAUUUCGCUGGACUUACUAAGUAUUUUUUCUUGGUUUGCUUCUUCUGUUCUGGACAGGAGAAAAACAUUUUUCUAUGUUGUUAAUAUUUGGUUUACACUUUACAGGUAUAAUCUUUGUUUCAAAUAGGAACUAAUGGAGCAUAGUGGAGGUAGUUAUUUUAUGAGGAAUAGGAGACUGGAUAGUUUUAUCAACACAGACACCAUCCAAACUGUGAAAAAAACACCAAAAAAGUUUGCGAGGGAAGAAUUUGAACAAAUUAGGCCCAAGAGUACUGAUGUUUAUGUUGAUGAUGAUGGUUGGAUUUUUGCGGUGAUAUCUUGUGUGCGGAUUGUUAUAUGUUUCAUGUCAAUGAUGGUUACUACAUUUAUUUGGGGUUUACUCAUGCUUUUACUGCUGCCGUGGCCUUAUGAGAGGAUUCGACAGGGGAAUAUAUAUGGACAUGUUACUGGUAGAAUGUUGAUGUGGAUCUUGGGGAAUAGUGUAAGGAUGGAAGGUGUUGAAUACUCAAAUGAGAAGGCAAUUUAUAUAAGUAAUCAUGCUUCUCCCAUUGACAUUUUCCUUAUCAUGUGGCUAACUCCCACCGGCACCGUUGGCGUUGCAAAGAAAGAGAUUAUAUGGUACCCAUUAUUUGGACAGCUCUAUGUUUUGGCCAAUCAUCUUCGAAUUGAUCGCUCCAGUCCAGUUGCUGCAGUUCAAUCCAUGAAAAAAGUAGCUUGUGCAGUUAUCAAAAACAAUCUAUCUUUGAUUAUUUUUCCGGAGGGAACCAGGUCCAAAAAUGGACGAUUACUCCCCUUUAAAAAGGGUUUUGUUCAUUUAGCAUUGCAAACACGGCUACCAAUUGUUCCGAUCAUCCUCACAGGUACUCACCGAGCAUGGAGGAAGGGCGGUUUGCAUGUCCGGCCAACGCCGAUAAAUGUCAAGUUUCUUCGACCCUUGAAAACUGAAGAUUGGACAGCUGAUAAAAUUGACGACUACAUCAAAUUGUUGCAUGAUAAGUACGUUGAUAACCUUCCAGAGUCUCAAGGGCCUCUUUGUUAAUCCUAUAGUUGAAGUUGUUUUUUCUGUAACUUUAACAAUUUACUAAGGCUAAAUGCUUUAAUAAGUAUGAUAGGAAGACAAAUUAUGUAAUUUUAGAUUAGUUUAGCUAGUGAUGUUUGUAGGUUAAAUCAUCCAUCAAUUUGUCAAAAAUAGCGAAUAUACCCCAUUUUAACUUGAAAAAGGUGAAGUAUGUAGCUCAAACUUCACUUAAAUACUGAUUUGCUCCUCAAACUUUCUCAGUUACAA